AAAAUAAUCUAAACUCAGAUUAAUCACUUGUUUCUUAACUAAAUAUACAUCUACAAAAAAUGUUCACAGGUUUUGUGAAAUGCAGACACUUAAACAUUUAUAAAUCGAUUUACAACACUGCAUAAGUUUGGCCGUCUUAAACGCAGCCAUCAGCUGUAGUAAGAUUUGAAGUCCAAUUGGUCUUAGUAUACAUUUUUAUAAAAAUAUGAAAAUGAUGAUCACAAAGUUUGUUUUUACAAUAAAUUAGUACAAAUAAAGUUAUAAAUAAGAAAUAUUCUUCUUUUUUACAAAAGUGGGAAGUUGUGGCAUAGUUUAAAUAGAAAGUUACAAUACAUCAUUACCGAGUAAAAAUUGUGUGGGCGUCAAUAUUUUAUAUAGUAUUUAUUCUUUUCCCCACUGUGUUAAGAAAAAUUCAGCAAAAUAAGCCAACGAAAGAGAUUUUAUACUUGUAAUGCGCUUAUGUUAAAAGCCAUACUUGGCUCGGAAUCUACAGACUCAACAGAGGACAGUGGAGGGGGUGCAGGUGGCUUUAGCGCAUCUUGCGCUGGCAGCGGCUCGAGCUCAGUUGCCAGUAGCUUAAGUGCUGCAUGCAGCAAUUCGGCAAGUGGUGGUGGUGCACCGUUUUGCCCUGCAUGUCAACAGGCAACAGGUGCAGAAAAGUGCAAUACAACAGGAAGUCGUAAAAGUAGAAAAAGUUCUUCAUCGAGAAGCAAAAUGUCACAUUCGACAUCAAGUUCAAUGCGUGGCACUAGCAGUGGCAGAGGUGUCAAUUAUGAUGCGACAAGUAGUUGUAAAUCAGUUUCACCAGGAAGUUACAGUUGUAAUGCGUUAAAUGUUGAUUUUAGCGCAUAUACAGCAACACAUCAAUGGACUAAAAUGUUAGAAUGUGCUGAAUUUGUUGGAGCGAAACGGAGUAAACAUACUGUAGUUGCAUACAAACAUGCAAUGUUUGUAUUUGGUGGAGAUAAUGGGAAAACUAUGCUUAACGAUUUAAUUCGUUUUGGUGUAAAAGAUAAAUCUUGGGGACGUGCUUGUGCCACCGGCACACCGCCUGCGCCGCGUUAUCACCAUUCGGCUGUUGUUCACGGAAGCUCCAUGUUCAUAUUUGGUGGUUAUACUGGCGAUAUUCAUUCCAAUUCAAACUUAACAAAUAAAAAUGAUUUGUUUGAAUAUAAAUUCCAAAGCGCCAUGUGGGUAGAAUGGAAGUUCUCAGGAAGAAUGCCUGUACCGCGGUCUGCACAUGGUGCGGCUAUCUAUGACAACAAAAUGUGGAUUUAUGCUGGCUACGAUGGUAAUGCUCGUUUAAAUGAUAUGUGGACACUUAAUUUAAACGGCUCAAAUCAUCAAUGGGAACAAAUUGAACAAAAAGGAGAUAGACCCCCAACCUGUUGUAAUUUCCCAGCGGCGGUGGCACGAGAUUGCAUGUAUGUCUUUUCAGGACAAAGUGGCUUGCAAAUAACAAACUCUCUCUUUGAAUUUCAUUUUAAAACAAAAACCUGGCGGCGUAUAUCCAAUGAGCACGUAUUACGAGGUGCUUCUUCUAUACCUCCAUCAAGACGUUAUGGACACACAAUGGUCCAUCAUGAUCGUUUCUUAUAUGUUUUUGGUGGAUCAGCUGAUUCGACUUUACCAAAUGAUUUGCACUGUUAUGAUUUAGAUACACAAGUGUGGUCAGUUAUUACACCAGAGGCUAAUUCUGAUGUACCAUCUGGUCGUGUAUUUCAUGCUAGCGCUGUAAUAGGGGAUGCUAUGUAUAUAUUCGGUGGAACUGUCGACAAUAGCGUUCGACGAGGUGACACUUACCGUUUUCAAUUUUCGAGCUAUCCAAAAUGUACUUUACGAGAUGAUUUUGGAAAGUUUUUUAAUGAAAAACAAUUUUGUGAUAUACAAUUUGUUGUUGGUCCAGAAGAAAUAAAAAUCUUAGCACACAUUGCAUUUGUAGCGGCACGCUCAAAAUAUCUACGAACAAAAAUUUUGGCAGCCAGAGAUGCACGACAGCAGCAAGUAGAAAAAGUAUUUGGUGCUGGUGUAGAUAUGCAUUCGUUAAGUGGAAGCGGUGGUGAUCGUGUGCCAAUGUUGGAAGUGCGUUUAGCAAAUGCAUCACCAGAAGCUUUCGAAAUUAUCUUGAAUUAUAUUUAUACGGAUAGAAUUGAUUUAAAGGAUUCGUAUAGUAAGAAUAUUAUUAUUCUUAUAACAGAUAUAUAUCAACUGGCCGGCCUAUUUUUGAUGCCUCGUCUUGCACAAGGUUGCAUACAGUAUUUGGAUUUCAAGAUAAAUAAACAAAAUGUUUUAGAAGCGUUGUAUAAUGCCGACAAAAAUAAAAUACAGAUUAUUAAGGACAAUUGUAUGCAAUUUAUUGUUAAAGAUGAGAACUUUACUGAUGUUGUUAUGUCGAGUGAAUUUGGGGAUUUGGAUAAGCCUUUAAUAGUUGAGAUUGUACGGAGACGGUUAAAUCCAAGUAAAAUUGUUGUAGAUGCUAGUGCUGAAAAAAGUGUGGGCACCACAUUGGAAAGCGAUAUGGCUGUUUUUUUGGAAUCGGCUGGUAAGGAUUUUUGUGACAUUAACUUAGUCUUAGAUGAUCAAAUUAUACUUGCCCACAAAUCGAUAUUAUCGGCUCGCUGUACGUAUUUUCAAGGAAUGUUUCGAUCAUUUAUGCCUGCAGAUAAUACCGUUAAUAUUCAAAUUGGUGAAAUAUCUCCAUCUCUUGAAGCGUUUCAGUCGUUAUUGCGUUAUAUAUAUUAUGGAGAGACGAAACUACCACCUCAAGAUGCUUUAUAUCUUUUUCAAGCACCGUGUUUUUAUGGCUUAGCCAAUAAUCGUUUAUAUGCAUUCUGCAAAUUUUCACUUGAAAAUAAUAUAACGUAUGAAAAUGUUCUACAAACACUGGAGGCGUCGGAUAUUACAAAAAUUUAUGAUAUAAAAGAGUAUGCGUUGAAUUUAAUUGUGAAAGAUUUUACAAAAGUAGCUAAAUUGCCAAAGUUAAAUGCGCUAUCCCGAGAGUUAUUACUUGAAAUAAUACGAGCCGUCGCAGAUUCACAUGGUGAAUUCUUAACGCGCAUUAGUAUAAAUACCGAUAUCUGAAAACUAGUUCUGCUUCAGCUGGCCUUACAAUUUUUACUGGCAUGGCUGCAUAUCGGUCGUGGAGGAUAGCGUGUUAAAUCAUUUAUAGCUUAAAAAUUUAUAUAUUAGCUCGAAGCCAUUUAUUUAGCUAUUUUUUUUCUUAUGUAAUUUUAUAUAAUAUAGGA